AUGGCGUCAUUUUCAAAACGACUAACUGUUCACGAAGUAACCGAAUUAUUAGAACAAGGGGAUAUUGAUGAUAUUUUGGACGAUGUUACUGACAUAUUUAUGGAGCCACCAGUAAAUGUCAAUAAUGACAUCACUGAUGAAGACAGCGAUGAUGAUGGACCGAUAGGUGAUAUAAACCACAUGCCGGCUAGCUUACUAAACGCACAUAUAGUUAUACAUGAUCCUGAUACAGAAAACACAGAAGUAGCAAAAAAACACAAAGUAAGUGAUAAAAAAAUACGAAAGAAAAUAAAACAAAACAUUUCAUCAAGGCCAAAAAAUAAAAUAACAAAACAAAAUCAAGAUGCUCAACAAACUGUAUUAUGGCGUCAGGGAGAUCUCGAAACUCCUAAUAUUUUUGUUGAUGAUCAAAAACCCAAUUUAUUUUAUAAUACAUUACAACCCUAUGAACUGUUUGAGCUAUUUUUCGACCAACAAGUGUUGGAAAUGAUUGUUGAUUAUUCAAAUAAUUAUGCAUCUAAUAAAAACCAAUCACUUCAAAUUGAUGUAAACGAACUAAAGUGUUUUUUAGGUAUCUUGUUAUUAUCGGGUUAUAAUGAAUUAUCACGAAGACGUAUGUACUGGGAAAAAUCACCAGAUACCCAUAACGACUUGGUGUCAGGUGCUAUGCGACGAAAUCGUUUUGAGCAAAUUUUUUCAUAUAUUCAUUUCUGUGAUAAUAGCAAGCUUGACGAGCAUGACAAAUUUUCCAAAAUAAGACCAUUACUUUCCAUGCUAAAUUCAAGGUUUUUGAUACACACACCACAUCAACAAUUUCAUAGUAUAGAUGAAUCAAUGGUUCCAUACUUCGGCAGACAUGGCUGCAAACAGUUUAUAAGGGGCAAGCCUAUUCGAUUUGGUUUCAAAAUUUGGGUUGGGACACUGAGAUUAGGCUAUGUAGUCUGGAUAUCUCCAUAUCAAGGAAAAAGCGGUGAUCUUCAAAAUACUGAGUUUGGUCUGGGUGCGUCAGUUAUCAUAUCAUAUGCAAAUAAUUUAUUGGCACACCGUAUAGCUCCAUAUCAUUUGGUAUUUGAUAAUUUUUUCACUGGUUUGCCUUUAUUAGAAAAGUUGAGUGAAAUGGGUUUAUAUGGAACAGGGACAAUACGUUCAAAUAGAACAAAAAAAUGCCCUAUAAACGUGGCUGCAAUGAAAAAAAAAGAAAGAGGUUCGUACGAAAGUUAUGUUUCUGAUUCGGGUAUUUUGGUAUGUGCAUGGAAGGACAAUAGCACUGUUACCAUAGCAUCGAAUAAUGUUGGAGUUGAGCCAGUCACAGCCGCAAAAAGAUGGUCUGUUUCAGAUAAAAAAAGUAUAAGAUUACCACAACCACAACUUAUACAUUUAUAUAACCAAAAUAUGGGUGGUGUUGAUCGUAUGGAUCAAAAUGUAUCUCAAUAUCGAAUUUCCAUUCGUGGUAAAAAAUGGUAUUCGUGUAUAGUAUCAUACUCUAUUGAUUUGGCUGUUCAGAAUGCUUGGCAGUUGCAUAAACUCCAUACUGAAAAACCAAUGGACCUUUUGGCUUUUCGUAGACAUAUUGCGACUUAUUAUCUACAAAAGUUCAACAAAGCACCAAAUCCUGGACGAAAAGGUGGAAAACCAUCUAGUUAUAUUCCUAGAUAUGAUGGUGUAAUGCAUUACUUAGUUCCACAAGAAAAGCAAACAAGAUGCGCAGAAUGUCAUCAAAAAACCACUUCAAGGUGUAACAAAUGUGAUGUUGGAGUGCAUUUGAAGUGCAACAUUGAGUAUCAUACAUUAAAAUAA